UUUGUUAUGGCAGCAGAAUCGGUGGCUCCGUGAAGAAAAAAGUAGUUUUCACUUCGAGAUGGUAAUUUCUCGUGAUGAAAGCAGCUGCAAGCUGUAACAGCCGUGUGUGACAUUGUGUGCAGGAACUCCUGGUCGUGUUCAAGUGAUUGCUGUUCGAAAAAGGGUUGUUUUUCACUUCAUCUGGUCCCGUCGCCAUUGCUAGACAAUAGGCGACCAACGACGACAGCUAGUCGAGGGCAAAGCACUUUGGCCUCAGUAGCUGGAAGAUAGCAAGAUAGUGGAAUCAGGUCUGUGGUUUGGUACUUAAUGCGAAAAAGCUGGCUUGGAUGGUGUAUGAUAGCACUUAUUCAGUAAACGCUGAAUACGAUGCACAACCUAAGCAAUAGCCAUAACAGCAACACUGGAAGCAGUCAAAAUUCAGCUGCUGAGGGUAUAAUGGAACGCGGAAGCUGCAUCUUGGUACGAUAUGCCAGUCAGAAUUCCCUCGACGAAAGUUCCCAGAAGCAACUUCCGAGAUCGAAUGGGAAAGACAAAACAUCGGGAGCCUACCGUAAUAAUGUGCACACUCAGAGAUCAUUCGAAGCCAUGAAUAAUAUGCGAGAACAGAACCUACUCUGCGAUGUGAUACUCGUCGCGGAUGGCAUUGAGAUACCGGCCCACAAGAUGGUGCUGGCCUCGUGCAGUCCAUACUUUUACGCCAUGUUCACGGGGUUCGAGGAGAGCCGCCAGGAUCGGAUCACACUGCAGGGCGUCGAUCACCGGGCGUUACAGUUGUUGAUUGAAUACGUUUACACGUCGGUAGUGGAAGUUACCGAAGACAAUGUUCAGGUUUUGUUAACCGCGGCGAAUUUGCUGCAGCUGACCGAUGUGCGUGAUGCGUGCUGUGAUUACUUGCAAACUCAGCUCGAUCCGAGCAAUUGUUUGGGUAUACGAGACUUUGCCGACAUUCACGGCUGCAUCGAUCUGUUGAAUUACGCUGAAACAUACAUUGAGCAACAUUUUUCGGAUGUUGUACAGUUCGAUGAGUUUUUAAAUCUUGCCAGUGAGCAAGUUGUCAAUUUGAUCAAAAGUGAUCGUAUCUCGGUCCCCUCCGAGGAGAAAAUCUACGAGUGUGUCAUCGCCUGGAUCCAGUACGACGUCAGCAACCGCCAAACGUAUCUCGCCGACCUGAUGGAACACGUCCGACUUCCCCUUCUGUCCCAGGAAUACUUGGUGCAGCGGGUCGAGAAGGAACACCUGCUGAAGGCGGAUCUGCAGUGCAAGGAUUACAUCAUCGAGGCCCUCAAGUAUCACCUGCUGAAGGGAGAACAGAAGUCCUCGUUCAAGACGCCCCGCACCGUCCCCCGGCAACCGGUGGGUUUGCCAAAAGUUCUGCUCGUCAUAGGAGGACAGGCUCCGAAGGCGAUCCGUUCGGUUGAGUGUUACGAUCUGCGCGAGGAGCGCUGGUAUCAGGUGGCGGAGAUGCCGACCCGUAGAUGCCGCGCAGGGCUUGCCGUGCUGGGUGAUAAGGUGUAUGCCAUAGGGGGUUUCAAUGGGUCGUUGCGAGUACGAACGGUUGAUGUGUAUGAUCCUGUUCAGGAUCAGUGGACCACUUGCAAUAGCAUGGAAGCGAGGCGGUCUACUCUGGGGGUGGCGGUUCUGAACAACUGUAUCUUUGCGGUAGGUGGGUUCGAUGGGUCGUCCGGGUUGAGUUCCGCGGAGAUGUUUGAUUCGCGAACUCAGGAGUGGAGAUUGAUCGCAUCGAUGUCCACCAGGCGUAGUUCGGUUGGCGUUGGGGUGGUGAAUGGGCUGUUGUAUGCGGUUGGGGGUUAUGAUGGGGCCUCGCGACAAUGCCUAGCUUCCGUUGAGCGGUACAAUUCGGCGGCAGAUACAUGGACACAUGUAGCGGAGAUGACUGAUCGUCGGAGUGGGGCAGGUGUGGGUGUUUUGGACAAUAUUCUGUAUGCCGUGGGCGGUCAUGAUGGGCCGUUGGUUCGAAGGUCAGUUGAAGCUUAUAAUGUGGAAACGAACACGUGGCAUAAGGUCGCUGAUAUGGCAUUCUGUCGACGUAAUGCGGGGGUGGUGGCUCACAAGGGUAUGUUGUUUGUGGUGGGUGGAGAUGAUGGAAGUUCUAAUCUCGCGUCGGUUGAAGUUUACACUCCGGAAACCAAUACCUGGAGAUUGCUGCCGGCCUCUAUGAGUAUUGGGCGCAGUUAUGCCGGCGUAGCAAUGAUAGAUAAGCCCAUGUGAAGCGAACAGCAGGGCGCAACCGCCGCCACAGCAAUAAGCAGCUCAAGGUAUGCGAAUUGUUCGACAAACGGUAAUGCAGCGAUCAACAAUAGCCAGAAUAACCAAAACAACGACGAUGAAAGUAGUCAAGCGGAAGGGCUGAACUCGGAAGCUGGUGCUGUAGGUUAUAAUCAAGUUCAAUCAAACAACAACAAUAACAGCGGUAACGGUAAUACUAACAAUAACGUACACUACGAAAACAUUUAUGAGUCGCUUGAACAAUACGCUGCUGCCGCGAAUGCUGGUGUGGAUGCGGUUGCCCCUGCCCCUGUUGCACAGAACCCUUUAGGAAAUGUUCCACCAAUGCCCCUCGGAAUCCCUGUCAAUUCACAACAUCAACCGCCAGGGCCUCCAACUGGUGCUCCGAUUGGUAUGGGUGUAAGAAAUAAUAUUCAAGCUGGUGGGUCUUGUCCGCCUCCUCCACCGAGUAUGCUGCGGAUGCAGCAACAGUACCAUCCCCUAGCGUAUCGUAACGAGCUGUAUGACCGCACGGCAGGAUAUGAUGUGCCUCGUGGUGGGACACGCAACAAUUUUUAUCAAAACCAACCUUCGGUCGGUUCAGGUCCACGUUACCAAAAUCUUCAUUUGGAUUUGAAUCGUCCUCGUUGUUCGCAGAAUACGAUAAGAGCUCCCCGGCAGCGAAGCUUCGAUGAUACAGAAUCAUAUCAGUACUAUCGAUGUCAGAACCAGAGCAACUUUUCCAAGUUCGAAAAUGUGUACGAGCGAGUUCGGGAGGAACCGGCCUACCAGAAUACGGGAUCCUUCGGGGCGGGAGCUAGUGGUGGACCGCUUAAUCGAGGCAUAUAUGGAAGGUUGGAUGUCAUAGGUCACGGUGUUGGUCGAAUCGAGCGGCAUUUGAGCUCUUCUUGUGGGAAUAUUGACCAUUACAGUCUUGGGGGUCACUAUGCCGUUCUGGGGCACAGUCAUUUGGGUACGGUUGGCCACAUCAGGCUGAACACUUCGACCAACAAUCAACCGGCCGCAGGGAAGGACUCCCAAUCUUCGGUUAACGUGAAAAGUUUCUUCAGCUGUUUGGGAGGUGAGAACUCACAAUCAAUGAAUAACAUUCACAAAAAUGGUAGUCCAGGUCCGACGAAUGCUUCCAAUGUUAGUGGAAACAGUGAAAAUGGAAUGGCUGCAGCGGGCACCUCGUCGGCUUCAGCAAGUUCGACAUCCGCGAAAGUUACCGGAACCAUACCGAAAAUCAAAAGCAAAUCGAAGAAGGAACCUCAAAACAAUUUUUCAGAACAGAGCGAAGGUGAACUGCAGGCCAGCCGUAUUUCAAAACCAUCUCUGCAGUGGUUGCUAGUGAACAAGUGGCUCCCGUUGUGGGUUGGUCAAACGCCUCCCGACUACAAAUUUAUUGAUUUUAACUUCAUGUUUUCUCGAAACUGCGAUGGCUGUGGUAGUGGUGGUGGUGAUGGCGGCGGUGAUACAAACCAACAGGAAGUGAUGAAAAUUGGCGAUUCACAAGAGUUACGGCCCCAUGAGUAUGGGGACUACAUUCCCCCGGCAAGAGAGUAUCCAACAAUGAAUGGCAGCUAUCCGCGAGUGCUGAGAAAUACGCCCCAAUUAUCACGUUUACGGGAACAUGAGUAUGAAAAUGUUCUUGCUGACUCACCUCCCCCGGAACGGCUAGAUUGCGCGAGAGCUCGACCACUUUUCAAACACGUAAAUCGUGCCAGAUCGGAGAGCCCGGCAAAUUCCUCGCCAGCGGCACCGCGAGAAGAAAGAAGCGGAUCAAGCGAUCCGUUCAGAAAUUGGUCAUUUAAUUUCGCCGACAAUAGCUUCCGACCAGCCGCAGGGAGCAAUGGAAACAAUGGCUUGUCCAGAUUGCGUGACGUUCGUCGUAUUACCGAUGGCACUUUCCGCGCGAGAGAUUUUCAACCUGACAACGAAAAACCCGGCCCAAGCCGGGAGUAUCCGAAGGAGUGCGUCGUCGGUGCAACAAAUGAUACAACGAUAGCUUCAGUGGCAAAAUCGCCUUUACCAGAAAUUCAACCGGAGAACGAAGAAACUCCAGGCUCAUCUUCAACGGAUUCGGAGAACUUCGUCGUGGAUUCCAUCGCUACCGAUGUUGGCGGGCCAGCAGAGGAUAGCAGCAACAGUAGCAGUCGAUGCGUUGAAAAUCCCGGCAUCGCAGAAGAAAGAAGCGAUUUUCGUAGGGAAAAGGAAGUCAACUCUUCGAUGGAGACAUCCGAGUCGUCUAACUUCGAGGAUAACGCAGUGGAAUCGUCGGUCUCGGACGAUGAUAAUGAUAAUUUUGACAACAAUGAAGUUAACUAAAUUUUGCACCUAUAUUGAGGCCGACUUGCGCUGUUUGUUUCGUCUUUUAACAAUUUUCAUCCGAAAGACGGAUUGCUCUUAUCUGUUCAUUAACAACAUACAGCGACCCGCAAGGAAAAAAAACACCCGAAUUCAAAAACUUUUUCACAGCUGAAUGAUGAGACAUAUGUGGAUGAUAAUUAAGGUAAUUUCUCAAAUGAAAGUUCAUAUCAACCGUUAUUGAACAGCAUUGAAUAAUUCCAAUUUGAUUCGUACAAUUUUUCAAGUUCUAUGCAAAUUUGACAAUUUUUGGUUAAAAUAGGUAUGACAUGGAAAAAAUCCACUGGAAAAUUUCACAAUAUCUUGUAACAAAAAAUUGACGCACCCCUUAGUAUUCGUGUUGCCUUAUGUCAAAACUAUUUGUAUUUGUAGUGUGGUGGAAAUUUGGUGGUAAAAGACUGUAAGGACAAUCCAUCACAACGGAAAAUUGCUGCAAAAUAUAGUGUUGGUCGUGGUGGUGUGCAGGAAAUUUCGGCAAAGUACCAGAAGCUCGGAUCUGUGGCUUACAGAACACGUAGAGGAGGUGUGCGCAAAACAGACCGUCGUACUGAUUCAAUGAUCAUCCGAGAAAUCAAGAAAGAUCCAACGGUAACCAUGCGGUCUAUCAAGGAAAACCUUCAGCUUUCAGUAUCCGACCGUGCAUUUAUUCGCAGGAUUAGGACACAUGGAUUACAGAGUAGAUUCGCUCGUAAACUACCAUACUGUGGUAUACUCGCAAGGUUGACGUAGGCCUGCCGUUGGUUUUGUGAUCAUUUGUUCAAAGUUGCAUGUAUAUUAUUUCCAAUAGACGAUAUAUCUGUCGCUUCCAACCAGUCUACAUAAAUGUUACGCUCGUUCUUCCUUCGUUACAACACCCACUUCCCGUUUGGAAAAUUGUUGAGUAAACAUCGUUUGCCGGCGAGAGUUAAGCGGGAAUGAAUUGUCUUUCUCAAGAAUCAUUGUACCCCUAUGUUAUUACAUUCUGCUAAAAAUUGUUAACUGUGGUAACAUACCAAUUUUGAUCCUUACUCAAUGCAAGCUCUUUGCUUGCCAGAAUAAUAAUCUGGGAAUUCAGCCAAAUUAAAAAAUCAAAAUUCUCCACAUUCAUUCAGAAUUAUUUUGUAUUUCACAGCAAAAGAAAAAAAAUCAUGUUUACAUUAUAUUUAUAUCAAUCUUUGAUUUUUUCGUAGUACAAACUAAAAUGCUUGCUGAUAUAUCCAGAAAAUGGGGGCAUUUCUGUCAUCCUGAACGUCAUAAGCCCAAUUUGAAGGUCUACCGCGCCUGAUACCAGCGUUACUUUUGAUUUGGUUGAUUUUUUGACGAACUCCACAAUCGCGCAAAGCGUUUUCAGAUGUGUAGUUUCGCCCAACUUUUCCUGAAAUACGGAGUUUUUUAUGGAUUUUAUGCGUCGUUCUAUAUUUUUCCGCGAUUUUUUUUUACUCUAUUACGUCGUUAUCGAUAUCUUUUUGGUAUUUGGAGCCUCACUACAUUUCUUCACAAGUUCCAAUUUCCCUCAUCCGAUGGGCCCCCUGCAAAUCAUCUACAACUUUACAGGGUACGACCGACGCAAGGCGUCAAUUAUUAGGUUCUCUGCCAUUGUCUUACUUCGCCUCUGAAACUGGAAUCUAUUUCCUGCUGUCUGUCAAGAUCAUUCAACAUCGGUGGCGUCUGGAAUUGUUUCGUUGUGCAUUACAAAGUUCGUCCAGUUCUACCUUUUUUCAUUGUUCAUUUUCUAGCCACAACUGGCGUCGUCCUCUGGUCAAUGUGCUGCAGCAGAGAAAUGUUUUCUGGAGUGAUUUCUGUGUACGUAGCUUUCUACCCUUCGGUCUCACGAAUUUGGUUCCUUCCGAUCUCCGGUUCUGCCAAUGAGCGAGGUUCCUUCCGAUCUCGUGCCAAUUUUUUUCAUUUCAUAUAACGAGUACAUGCGGAGCGAAUUAGGAUCUUGCAAUGAGCGUAGUUCCUUCCGAUCUCUGGCUCUUGUCUCUCUUAUUUCUUCGGUUUUACGAAUUCGGUUCCUUCCGAUCUCCGGUUCUACCAAUGAGCGAGGUUCCUUUCGAUCUCCAACUCAUUUUCAUGUUUUAUCGAAUCAGAUAGCGAGUAUCAGCGAGUGAAUCAAGAUCCAGCAAUGAGCUCAGUCCCUUCUGAUCUCUGGCUCUUGUCUGUCUGAUAUGUCUUCCACUUCCAUCGGAACGUAACAACGCGAAUCGACUUUCACAGCAGUUACGCCGGAAUACAGCCGCAUGAAGGGAUUGAUUGUCCCUGCUUGUUUUGCCAAAGCGAGAAGGUAUAUCAUUUUUUCGCUCACCACACUUUGGCAAUGUUGAAUUAUCCCGACAAUGAUCGGUAUUUCAGGAGUAUUUACUCGUUGUUAACAGGAUUUAACCUGUGUAGAUAGCUGUGUAGUACACUGUCCACAGUUGUCAUUUUUCCGGUGGCCACAUCUUCCUACAAGUAGAGGUUUGCACUCAGUUUUUCUCCCACAAUAGCGGGAAUAAACAUUGGAUCCAGUUUCCGGUUCACGUUGUCAAUUUUUGAGAACUGCAACACAACACUUCUUUCACUGAAGUUUACUAAACGCUUGCGCAGAUUGUAGCGAUCUUUCGAUUUUCGCGAUUGUUCUGAAUGUUCUGCCGUACAAACUCGUGGUUUUUGACGUAGGACUACGUCUUUCAUUUCUAUACCGGGGUGUAAAAUCAAAGUUUCGAAAACGAAAGCGUUACGCCGGAGACCGAGAUUUUGAGCGUUAAUAGCUCCUAAACAACUGAACGAAAUGGUAUGAUAAACACUUCAUUCGAAAGAUAAAAUGUCUACGCCUUCUAUACUUGUUACUUUCUGAUCCAAAAACUUGUUUCAAUAGUCUUAAAAUUGCUUUCAAAACAGGCUAUUGAAAUCACCAAUCGGUAUAUAAGCGAGCGCUUCUCGGAAAUCCACUCAGUUCAAAUUGAACAGCGAUUGGAGCAUGUUGUCGCUGUUGUGGUGAAACUCUUCGUUUAUCAUGAAAGCGCGAAUGAACGGUGUCACCAAGAGCCUGUUUGUGCACCUUAGGCCAGAAGGGAAUCCAUCAGGAGGAGAGUGAUGCCACAAACGGUUCCCCGGGAAGAUCUCGACGCAGCCGCUACACACACACACACACACACACACACACAUAUACACGCGCGGAAUUCUUUCCGUUUGGAUGCCAUUCAGCAUCGAGAAAGAUCCGGAAAAUAAUCUACCAGUUCCUCUGGGAAUUUAAAAAUACAUUCAUGUUAAAGAGUGUAUUUGAAUGUUUUCUAUCCAUGUAACACUGUGACCGAAUAUGUUUCAAUCAAGUGCUAUUAACAGAUGGUUAUCGAGUUAGCAUUAACCACUGGCGGGCUUCCAGUAUCGAGGAAAAUGUGGAAAUAUCUAAUCGUUACUGAAAAUAAUCUGCCAGUUCCUCUGGGAAUUUAAAAAUACAUUCAUGUGAAAGAGUUUAUUUUAAUGUUUUCUAUCCAUGUAACACUGUGACCAAAUACAUUUGGUUUUGUGCUUUUUCAAGCAAUCGCAAUUAAAAGGAUAGCUUCUGAAGAUUAUUCUUCCCUGUCAGUAGGAUAUUUCCGUAUCCAAUAUUGUAUGCGCCCACAAUCGAUUAUUGCUCAGUCGCCGAAUGUUCCGAGCUCAGAGAGUUCAUUCCCCUCUAGUUUGCCUUCCAAAUUGCCAUCGUAAACCACGCCUUCUCUCGAUUCAAUCACGCACAAAAAGCAUACUUAAGCGAUAUUCUGGUGGUGAGACGCAUUCAUUUUUCGUGAGGACAUCGACAAGACAACAUCGUUGCUGAGGGUGCUGGUCGACGAAGGAUCGAGAUCUGUCCUGAAACGCAAGCAGUUUGUUCGAAACUGUGAGGGAGUACAGAGAAGCCUAUCCUUCUGGAGAAGAGAAGGUAACCAUCGAAGCAGCCGCUACACACACACAUACACACACGGAAUUCUUUCCGUUUGGAUGCCAUUCAGCAUCGAGAAAGAUCCGGAAAAUAAUCUGCCAGUUCCUCUGGGAAUCUAAAAAUACAUUCAUAUGAAAGAGUUUAUUUGAAUGUUUUCUAUCCAUGUAACACUGUGACCAAAUAUUUUUCAAUCAAGUGUUAUUAACAGAUGGUUAUCGAGUUAGCAUAAACCACUGGUGGGCUUCCAGUAUCGAGGAAAAUGUGGAAAUAUCUAAUCGUUACUGAAAAUAAUCUGCCAGUUUCUCUGGGAAUUUAAAAUUACAUUCAUGUGAAAAAGUUUAUUUGAAUGUUUUCUAUCCAUGUAACAGUGUGACCAAAUACAUUUGGUUUUGUGAUUUUUCAAUCAAUCGCAAUUAACAGGAUAGCUUCUGAAGAUUAUUCUUCCCCAUCAGUAGGAUAUUUCCGUAUCCAAUAUUGGAUGCACCUUGUGCCUCCAACGUAACGCUCUCGUUUUCGAAGUCCCCCAAAUAUUCAUUCUUUCAGAAUGAAUUCAGAUUCAACUUCAAACAAAUGAUCUCUAAAUCAACGAUAGUCCUACGUCACCUUUGCGGUUAUACCAUAGAUAUAACCCAUCCUGUUUUUUGCAAGGCCCAUAAUCUGAGGUCUUGGGCAACUUUUGGGUCUUCAGAGGUGUUUAGGUUCCGCUGAGUGUAAAGAUCAGUAUGUAGUAUUAGGUAUUUUCCAUAGUGUGGACCGACGCCUGUCACCUCAUGUUUCGCACUGUUGAUUGCAGAAGGAUUUCCAUUCCAAUUUCUCCAUCAAUGAUUGAUCUGAUGCAUGUUAUCGAAACUCAAUUUACUCGUUCCGCAUUAUUGACCUCCGGGCAAUGAAAUGCUGUUUUGUAUCUUGCGAGAAAUGAUUCGAAUGCAACUGCGUGACAUUGCUUUAUCGGACAAUAUAAUUCUUGGGCGUGAGUGCUUGAGAAACAACUCUUCUUCUAGAUAUUUUAUCAAGGCCAUUGAAUUUCGCAUUGCAUGUGUUAUAACGCAUUUGUUAUCCAAUCUACCAUCACAAGUAGCACUGUGUUGCCCCAUAUGGAUAUAGUGAACGGACCUACAAAGUUAACCGAUAUUAGCUCCCAUGGAAGUCUCGCUGGUUUUGAAUUUAACACCUGGGGCGUUUACUAGCUUCACAAACUUAGACGUCCUAACAUAAUCGCUGAUAUAUUUCCUGAUUUUCCGCUUCCUUUUGUGUUCCGGUACUCCCAGUUCGUUUCUGUACAAACAGUUUCCGUACAGAUCGCUAUCUACCAACCGGAAUCCGGGAAUCUGUCCUCUUCCUGUAUUACUCUAUCUGCACUGUUCUAUACCAUGCAUCGUCUGCCGCAGAUCUUACGGAGAAUGAUAUUGAUGCCGCAAUUCUGGACAACGCAUCCGGAACGACGUUCGAAUUUUCUUUUCGAUAAUGGAUCUUAAAAUCGAAGGUAUUUAAACGUAAGAUUCACCGACAUAACAAGGAUGUAGAGGUUUUCAUGGAUUUCAAAUAAGAUAGCGCCAGUAAACAAUAAACCGUACUCCUCCAACGUAACCACGAAAUCUCUCGAUGCCUUCUUCAUUGAGCACGUUUCCCAAGUACCUCAUUUCUUUGAAGCAAAAAUUCGAUUUUUCUUGGGAGAUGGUGAGACCAGCAUAUUUCAGUCGAUUGACUACCUCUCCCAACAGGGUAAUGUGUUCUUUGAAUUUGCGGGAGCAUAUGAUGGUGUCGUCAAUAUAGUGGUUCCAAAUCCGCACACAAGUUCGUCAUCAGUCUUGUCAAUGCUUGGCUAGCUGUGCAUAAUCCGAAUGGAACAACUUUGAACUGAAAGUGUCCUCUUUGUGGUAGCGUGAAAGCGGUUAACGGACGUGCAGAUUCCUCCAGUGCCAGUAACCAAAAGGCGGCUUUCAGGUCUAUUGACGACAUGUAUUUACAGCUGUCCAAAUUGUUUAUAAUGGAGUCCAAUUGUGGGAUAGAAUACUCUUCGUUGUUCAUAGUGUGGGUUGUUCCAUGGUGAGAAAAACGCUUCUUCAAUCACGUCUUAACUCAGCAUUCUCUUCUGUGUUUCUGACAGUCCUAUCUGUUUGGUUUCGUCUGUGACCGGGGAAAAAGCUUUCUCCAGUUUUUUUGGGAUUCAGUCGCUCUUUCUCGCCGACAGAGAAGCUUUCUUCCACUGCUCUCAUUCGCUCAACUUGUGCCGAGUGUACCAUGUGCGACUAUGGAAUGAGAGAUGUGGUGCAAAUGUGUUGGUACGCAUAUUUUAAUAUAUUUUUUCGGUUAGUCGGCAAAUGUUAAGACGCGUCCACAUUACGCCAAUCGGCCUUGGCCGCCCGGUAAAGCCGACUAACUGUGGACGUACCGCCCGGGCUUGCCGACGUGCCGAAAACCGACUCGAAUCAAACCGAAGCCAACCCGAAACAAGUGGGUCCGGUUCGAGAAAGUCGAACCAAAACGAAAUGAAGUAAAUUAGCGUUGAUGACAUUGUGUUUCCUGUGUUCGUGAUGGCUUCGUGCAUCCGAUGGGAUUUCGGCUUCGUGAACCCGAUGGGGCGUCCACAUUACCUAACGAACUGAAUAUGCCGCCUGGUACAGGCCGAUCGGCAUUAAUCGGCAUAAUGUGGACGCGCCUUUAUAACUUUCUAUUCUUCCCCAUUCAAGAGGAAAAAUUAUCUCGCACCAACGCACAGCUCACAAUUUUACGAUUUUUAUGUUAUUUCGCACUUUACCUUCGAUGUUCAACCCUCCUGCUCUGUUUCACUCUGCUAUCUCUCAUUUCUACUAAUACACUUUUCUGGCGUUUUUGCGUCACUUCCCGGUCGUCUACAGAUGAUUGAUUGCAAUCGUUUAGCUUUCUCACCAAAAGCUUAAAAUUGAACAAACCGUUGUGUUUCUCCAGCAUCUUGAUGACGAUCAUGUUUACCGGUGGAUGAUUAGCUGCUUUUCGGCUCUUUUGAGCUCCCUCACGGUUCAAAACUGAAUGCUUUUAGCUAAUAGACCGCCGUUUAUAAAUAUAGCUCUCGUUCGCUAAUAGAACGAUAAGGGGUAGGACUGGCGUUGGAAAUUUGGAAGACAAACUAGACAACUCUGAGUUGAAAUCCUCCAGCAACUCAGCGAUGAUUGCUCGAAAUGAAAUAAUUUUCGCGAUGCGAUAUUUUUCGUUUGCCAUUUCGCUUCAGAAGCUUUCCUGUUAAUUGCAUUUGAUCGAAAGAAUUUCAAAACAAAGUAUUAUAUUUUAAAAGAAAAAUAAAAUAAACUCUUUCGCUUCAAAGUAAUAUUUGGUUCUAAAAAUAACUGUUGUUCGCAACGGUUUUCGAGUGUUCAGGCUGCUUUAGCUUUGCUGCAGAUGCAUCGGCAGUAGCGGGAGCCUUCUUCUUGUUGCUCACCAUCUUCACAGUAGUAGUUUCUUCCCGGUAGCUGAGGAAGAUUAUUUGCCAGCAGCGAUAACAUUUUUUCGGUUUCUUCUUGGCGGCUAUCCUCUCGCUCGGCGCCCGCCGGCAAUCGAUGCCGAUUCGAUUACCACCAAACGGAAAGAGUUGUGUGUUUCUGUGCGUGUCAUCAUUCAUCAUCACCGGUGGAUUUUGGCUUGAACGAACACGACAAACCAGUGCCCUUCGUUUGCACAAACCGGCUUUUGGUGAUAGCGUUUAGCUGCGUUUUCUUGAAGAACUACGUCAGCUGCGUCACAUCAAUCUUGUGGCAGCGAUAACAUGCUCAAACCGAUGUACAAUUAUAACUGAGUGGAUUAUCGAGCUGGCACCCGCUUAUAUACAGAUUUUUGAGCAGUUUUUUUUUAACAAUUGAAACAAGUUUUCGGAUCCAUAAGUAACAAGCAUAUAACGCGUAGACAUUUUAUCUUUAGGAUGAAGUGGUUACCAUAUCAUUUCGUUUAGUUGGUUAGGAGGUAUUUACGCUCAAAAUCUUGUUGUUUUGGAGUUAUGCUCUCGUUUUCAAAACUUUGAACUUACACCACAGUAUAGAAAUGAAAGACGUCAAAAUGUUUGACGUAGGGUCAAAAAAGCACCGGUGUAGGUAAAGACUUAAUUUUCCAAUAGGACAGUUAUUCUAAACAUACCGCCAAAAAACACAGGCUUUUUUUCAAGUCUAAGCGGGUGAAUGUUCAUGGCCUUCUCAAAGUCCAGAUUUGAACCUUAUUGAAAAUCUGUGGGCUAUUCUGGACAACAAGAUGGACAGAACUGCCGUAACGCACAAGGGCACGUACUUAGCAGCAUUAUCGAGAGCCUGGAAGGAGAUUAACGCACAACAUCUGAAUUAAUUGGUGGAGAGCAUGCCAAAACGUCUUCAGAAGGCUUAUGUUUGCAUCGUUACAUCGUUCUUUUUUGUAAUAAAUUUUUAAAGUGGAUUUUUUUUUCUUGUCAUGUCGUAUUAUGAAUACAUUUCACUAAUUUGCUGACAAGCUUUGAUUUAAGAAUAAAUUGAUUACAUUUUUGUUUCAAUCUCUUUGUAUAUAUCUUAUUAAUACAAAUAUAUACCAUCAUCUCACAAACAUUGUUCAUUCAAGUCUCAUGAUAUGAUGAUGGUUCAAGUGGAUAUUUUACGUUGCGGGUCACUGUAUAAAUAUACCUUUGGCUAUUUUUUUCAUAGUUCUAAGUCUAUUGGAUUCUUGCUUGCUCAAUAUUUAUUAUAGAUUCUAUUUAUUCUUCAUAUAUACAUCCUUUUUUAUGGACACUGAAAAAAAAUUAUUAGCAUUUAUUGGCAGAGACGCACUUUCCACUCACUCGUGAAUCAUUAGCAUUUAACUAGUAGCAUAUGAAGACUUAAACUUAAGUGUUACCGCAAUGGCAUUGUCAAUCCGUAGUUCUAGCAAAAGCAGUGGUAAGCAGUAAACAAUAUAUUUGCGUGUGAAAAAUGCCAAAUCGUUAUCAAUGUAUGUGUUAGCUAGUUCAGAAGCCCAACACGAUGUUACAGCACUGGCCAGGCCUACACCCUCCCCAUUAGAACAAAACAUUCUUUCAUCUACUAGCACAGUCAAUUGUCACACACACACAAUCGAAACAUACAUACAAACACUUCAAACACACGGAUACAAUGAAACAUAAGUUAAGUACAAACCUAGUAAUGGUGAGACCUAUUGGAAGCUAAUUUUAACACUUCACAUCUACUAUUCAUCAACACAGCAGGUAGUUUUAGCCCAAGAAUGGCAAACACAUAUGUAAUUCAUGGUAGUAUAUUGAUGAAAACAAAACAAAAAAAAUGAUCACGAUAAACGUUCACUCAAUCUUUGCUAAAUUGAUGCAACAAAACAUAUAAAUUCGAAUACUUGCUGUAGUUCUGGUAGUUGUGAUAAUGAUAUCCAUAUAGUUCUUUCUUUACGGACUUCGAUCAAAUUAGAUGCAACGCCAAGAAUAAAUGGACUUAAUAGUUGAAAUGA